AUGUCUCCUCUCAUGAUCAAGCCCACCGUCGGACCCAAGGUCCUUCCAGUUCUCAUCGCAGUAGGAAGCAUCUCUGUUGUAGGAGGCUACAUCCGCUCUCAACUCACAAACCAAUCACGAACAUUCGACCGCUACUUCAGCCAAUACAACACUACCAAGAGCGAGAAUGUGAGGGCAAAGACGUUUAAUGGUUCUGUGCCUGAUAACAGAACUAGUCUGUUUAAUGUUCUUGGCUGGUAA